AUGAAUAGUUCCAAUUUACUUAGAAUACCAAAACCAUAAAUAACUUUAAAACAAAGUGAAUGGAAUAUAUAAUUAGAAAGAUGUAGAUUAAAUGCUCAAAAUCCAAUGAGCAAAUGCUUUUUCUUAAAUUAGACCAUGCUUGAAUCUCAAUAAAUGAGAAUGCACAUUUAAAGUCAAGCCUGA